CUCUUGCCGGUUCCAUUUCGACUCAAAACUAGUGCUCAAUAUCGUUACAUUCUUAAUCGUCUUCAAGUUUUAAACACACAUUCACAUUAUUUUACGAAAUUAAUUGAAAUAAGAUUGCGAGAUAAAAAUAAAGCGAAAAAGAAAAUAAAAUUAAAAUCAUUUAUUCAGUGAAUUUGGGAGAAAUUCUUUUAAUCUUAUGGCUAUAGAGAAAACGAGUAUAAAUUCCGUAUUUUUAAUCUCCAUGCGAAAAGUUAAAGAAAUACCCAAAGAAUGUUUUCCAAAAACAUUUUUUAAUUAAAGUCGUCCACAGACGAAUAAGACUUGAGACUUUUGUAGUUUAAAUUUGUUUCUUUCUUGAGUGAGUGUGUUUACGUACAAACAUGUUUAUACUGCAUCGAUGCAGGUUUCGAUGCAAGUCAAGAGUUUUCCAAAGGAUUUAUUAUUGUUAAAUCUGAUUGGUAUCAAGCGUCCCCCAUACUUACGACAAUCAUAUACUGAAUUCCAUUCAGUUAGUUACUCAUAGGUUCUAUAUGCUGUUGAUGUGUGUAUGUUACGGAUUACGUGCGAAAAGUUUUCCACUUUGAUGCCACUGCACGUCAAUUAAUCUCAAUGAAAAGCGAAAACCUAUUAAAAUGCCAUGCCAAUAAAAAUUUUAACACAUAAAAUCAUACGAAAAAUUAGCAAUACAUAGCACCGGAAAAAUGAACCGUUCGCUCAUUUUGCGCUCAUAAACACAGAAACGAAACGUUUGAUGAUUUAAACGGCCACCGACAACGGUGUAGUAAAUAAAACCGUGAGUUUAAACUGUAAAAGUGUUAAAUUUAGUCUUAGCAAAGGCGUAAAAAAUAUAAAUACGGUUUUCGGUUUGUAUUUGUAACCAUUGUUCAUUGUUUUUUUUAUUUGUUUCAUAUUAUUGCAAUGAAGACGACGUUGCUGCUCACACCCCAUUGCUCAAAUUGAUUUGAUUGCAUUGUACAAAACGCGCUUAGAUUUAAUAUUUCAAAAUAAAUCGUGACCACAGUGAGAAAGACAGAGAGUGAAGAAGAGAGUAAACGAGAGAAAAUUUAUACGGAGACGUCACAAUGGAAAAUAGAAACCAUUGAACACAAGAAAAUAGUAUUGCGUGUUUUACGAUCAUAAACCAUAUAGCCACAGACGAAAAAUAUUACGGUAGAAAACAAAACUGAAUUGAAAAAAAAAACAAAAUCGAAAAGAACUGAAGGGAGAAAGAGAAGAAGAAAAAACAAAGAAAUAAACAGCAACAGAAGAAAAGAAGAAUUAUGCUAGAGUGAUAGAAUAUUGUUCAAACGUUGCUUAAGAAAUUGGCGCAUUCAAACGUGUGUUAAGGCAUAAAUAUAUUUUUUUCGGUAGAAUGUGCUUGUGAACGAAUAAACCAAACGCUGAAAGUGAGAGAGAAAGAAGAAAAAAAAAAGCUCACACCGGAGACCAUUAAACAAAUCGGCUGUUCACCGCUGCCGCCGUUGAGAAAAUCAAAAAAACACACGACGACGGCAAAGAAGAAAGAGUAGUAGCAGAAGAAGAAACUACACCACGCGAAAAUCUAGUGACGACGACAACGUCGAGCACCACCACCGCCAUCAUCAUCAUCAGAAACCACCACCACCACACAAGAGAACAACAAAGUGGAAGAGAGCAUGAAAGCAAAGGGAUUAAAUGAAGUGUUUUUUGCAACAAUUGUGCUUGGACUUAAUGGAUAUUUUAUUGCCAAUGUGAAUGGCAAUGAAGAUGAGGAUUUCACAGCGGAAGAAUUUCCGGAGGAUUUCAUGCCGCCACCGAUGCGCGAUGACUUCGUGAUUCGAGACGACAUGUCACAAAAUAACCUGAUACAAGAUAAAGAUUUGCCGAAAUUUGGGGAGCCACUUCAAAAUAUCACGGUCCCAGUUGGACGCGAAGCACUUUUAUCCUGUGUCGUGGAUAAUUUGCAAACAUACAAGACUGCAUUUCUCCGAGUCGACACUCAAACAAUAUUGACGAUUCAAACGCACGUUAUAACAAAAAAUCAUCGAAUGGUAGUCACACACGCAGAGAACCGCGCCUGGCAAUUGAAAAUACGAGAUGUCAAAGAAACGGACAAGGGAUGGUACAUGUGCCAAAUUAAUACGGAUCCGAUGAAGUCUCAAAUAGCAUAUCUAAAUGUGGUUGUUCCACCUGACAUUUUGGAUUAUCCUGGUGAUACAUCCACCGAUAUGGUUGUUAAAGAGGGUAGCAAUGUGACAUUGAAGUGUUCAGCCACUGGCUCCCCCUUGCCGAGCAUUACAUUCCGAAGAGAAGACGGAGAACCGAUUAAGUUACCUGGAGGCAUUGAACUGUCCAGCAUCAACGGGUCGUCCUUUUCAAUACCGCGCGUUGACAGGCUUCAUAUGUCAGCGUAUUUGUGUAUUGCAAGCAAUGGAAUUCCGCCAACGGUAUCCAAGCGAAUCAUGCUGAUUGUUCAUUUUCCACCUAUGAUGAUGAUCCAAAAUCAAUUGGUUGGUGCUGCCACCGGACAAAAUGUUACUCUCGAAUGCACAUCGGAGGCAUUUCCAAAGUCAAUUAAUUUUUGGAUGCGAGCUUCGUCGAAAAAUGACUCAAUCAUUACUUCUGGCAGUAAAUAUGUACAAGAAGUGUUCGAGAAUAUCUACAAAGUGGCGAUGAAAUUGACGAUUAUCGAUGUUGAUAUGAAUGACUACGGUGCAUACAAAUGCGUAGCAAAAAAUUCGCUUGGUGAAACUGAUGGAUCAAUCAAAUUAUAUCAAAUACUUCGACCAACAGUACCAACGACUCUGGCAACCACCACAACAACCACUACAACCACAACGACACCGAUGCCAUCAACGACCAUACCGAGCUCAUUGAGGAAAAACAAAGGUCGUCUGUCACAUCAGAAUAUCGACGAUGAUAUGUCAUCAAAUAACAUAAUAAUCGGAGCUACACCAAGUCAUUGGAAUAACGAUGGAAGAGGCCACGAGCAUCGUUUCCAAGGUCCUAGCUCUGAAGUACAACGAGAUGCCGACUCAUUAACCGAAAAGGACAUUUCCAGCAGCGCAACGAUAACGACGCCGUCAACAACGACACUAACCAAAACUUUUAUUUCAGUAUUUCAUUUAAAAACUUCAAGUGCAUCAUUAACAGCGAAUUUAAUACUCAACAUAUUGUUGGCCCAUAGUUAUAGGGUCAUAAUGUAGCUAACGUCUAUCAUUUAAGCAUUUUAUGCAUAGUCUCAGUUGUUUUAAAAACUAAUAUUUAACAAAACAACAACAAAAAUAGUACAUACUAAUAAUAAAAA